AUGCCUGGAAAUAGUAAAGGAAAACUUGAAAGGAGGAAGGUCAAACCUGGAUUUAUAGAAGAGAAACCUGAAAAAAAUAAAAGAUUAAAUUUCAAACAUGUUGACUUCAUUUCUGACGAAGAAGAAUUUACACUGACUUCUUCUUCAUGGGAAGGAUCAGACGAUACGGAGUCAGAUAUAUCCAAUAAUGAUAGAAGAGAGAAAAAACAGAAGAAAAAUAAAAACAGUAAAAGACAAGGCAAGGAGUCAAAAAAACGUAGCAGAAAAAUAAACAAGAAGAAAACUGACCACUUAGCUUCGAACAAAGAUGAAUCUGACUCAGAGCAACAGAAAAGGACUGAAGAAAACAAUAGAGAAAAUGAAUCUUAUGCAGAUUUUAGAAAAAGAACCAAACGAAUUAAUAAAGAUAAAGAAAGAUCAAAUUUAAGGAAAGCUGGAAGAGUAUGUCUCAAAAACUGGAAGAGUAGUUGA